UAUUUGACAUUUAGGCGGUUAUUUGUGGAGAACUAAUGACCUUGUUUAUCCGGAGAUGUGUUUUCAAUCUUUCUCCCCUAGUUGAGGUUUCAGCUGCACAGCUGCAUUUGGGACACUACAAUUCGAAAUACAAACUAGUUGUUGAUCCUCAUAAAGAGGAUACUAUUAAAAGUGGUUUUGAGAAUGUGACGAGAUGGCUUAUAGUAGCAGAUAUAUUGAGAGGUCUACGGUUAACCCUUGGUAUGGUAUUUAAGGAGCCUGCAACUUUAAACUACCCUUUCGAGAAGGGUCCUCUCAGUCCAAGAUUUCGUGGUGAGCAUGCUUUACGUAGGUACCCUAGUGGUGAAGAACGGUGUAUCGCUUGCAAACUUUGCGAAGCUAUAUGUCCAGCUCAAGCAAUCACUAUUGAGGCUGAGCCAAGAGCUGAUGGGAGUAGAAGGACAACUAGAUAUGAUAUUGAUAUGACCAAGUGCAUCUACUGCGGAUUUUGCCAGGAAGCGUGUCCAGUAGACGCCAUCGUAGAGGGACCGAACUUCGAAUAUUCUACUGAAACACAUGAAGAAUUACUGUAUAAUAAAGAAAAAUUGCUGCAAAAUGGUGAUAGAUGGGAAGUCGAAAUCUCAGAAAACCUAAAAGCAGAUUAUGUGUAUCGAUGAAGUAUCAUUUCGUUCAUGUGGUUUGUAAAUGAUUUAAUUCACAGGAUCUAUGCACUACUAAUUUCAUAUUUAAACAACCAAUAUCAACUUUUCUCAUAUGUUAGAUUGUUAACGAAUUCAAGACAGCUGGUUAUUCCUAGGUACAGUGAUUUAGAAUAAAAUAGAGCUUUUGGCUUUGUCCUA